GGUGGCUGUCAUUCGUCAGUUCGCGAAAAAUGGCUGCGCUGCUCCAGCUGCUAUCAAAACAACACUCCGGCUCGAAUCGAAUUUUGGUGGAAAACCUUCGCAAAUCUUGCACCGCCCACCCAUCCAGCUACGCCGGACCGUUCCUGACCCCGAGCCGGAAUUUCCUAACGCCACCGAAAGCCUUCGACCACCGCAGACAAAAUGAGGGUUUUAGCUGGAGGUUUGCCAGCUCGGGGCCUGCGGCUCCGCCCAAAACGACCGCACUCGGCACGAACGUCCUAGGGGAUAUCUUCAGGAAGCGACAGCAAAAAGGUCCACCACAAGCUUCCGUAUCGCUGCACACCUCGGCAGCGGACGGUUCCCGGUCGUCACUCCCUCUUCAACGAUGGCAGCAGCAACAACAGCAAGCCUCAAAAUGCCCCGGUUCUCCGCUCAAACAACCAAUCCGACAUUGUUUUCAUAUAGGAGGACACCAUCCGGCCUCGGGGGAGAAACUCGGCACGUACGACGGGCCGGAGAUUACGGCGACGGACAUGAUCAAGGCGAUGGCCACGUACAUCUGGCCCAAGGACGACGCACUGGUGAGGAAGAGGGUCAUGAUCUCGCUGGGACUGCUCGGUGGCGCCAAGGUGCUGAACGUGUGCGUGCCCUUCAUGUUCAAAAUGGGCGUCGAUAACCUGAGCACGCUCAGCAUGGACACGGUUCCGCAGGCGGCCGCCUCGAUGACAGUUGCCGUGCUUUUGGGAUAUGGUAUUGCCCGAGCGGGUGCGGCCGGUUUCAACGAGCUGAGAAAUGCGGUGUUUGCGCGGGUGGCACAGCACUCGAUCCGCAAGAUCGCCACCAACGUGUUCCUGCAUUUGCACAACCUGGACUUGCAGUUUCACCUGAGCAAGCAAACGGGAGCGCUGUCCAAGACCAUCGACCGCGGCUCCCGUGGCAUCAACUUUGUCCUCACGGCGAUGGUGUUCAACGUGGUGCCGACGAUCUUCGAGCUGGCGCUGGUUUCGAGCAUUCUAGGCGUCAAGUGCGGUGCAGCCUACGCUGCCCUGUCGAUGGGCUGUGUCGGCGUGUACAGCGCGUACACGCUGGCGGUCACCCAGUGGCGAACCCAGUUCCGGGUGUACAUGAACCAGGCGGAGAACGAAGCCGGCAACAAGGCGAUCGAUUCGUUGAUCAACUACGAAACGGUCAAGUAUUUUAACAAUGAAAAGUACGAAGCCCAACGGUACGACAACGUGCUGAAGAAGUACGAGGCGGCCAGCUUGAAGACGAGCACCAGCUUGGCGUUGCUGAACUUUGGCCAGAAUGCGAUCUUCAGCGUGGCGCUGAGUGCGAUCAUGGUGAUGGCCGCGAACGAGAUCGCACAGGGGCGAAUGACGGUUGGGGAUUUGGUGAUGGUUAACGGGUUGCUCUUUCAGCUCUCGAUUCCGCUUGGGUUCUUGGGCAGUGUCUACCGAGAGGUUCGACAAGCUUUGUUGGACAUGCGGACAAUGUUUACGCUGAUGGGAGUUGAAAGUGCAAUUCAGUCUAAGGUGAACGCUCCGGCGCUUCAGGUUGAUCGCAACACUGCUUCGAUUGAGUUUAGGGACGUUAGCUUCCAGUAUAGAAACAGCAAUCCCAUAUUUGACAAGCUGAGCUUCACAAUCCCGGCGGGGAAGAAAAUCGCCAUCGUUGGUGGGUCAGGAUCUGGCAAGUCCUCCAUGGUCCGCCUUCUCUACCGGUUUUUUGAACCCACCUCCGGCCAAAUCCUGAUCAACGGACAAAACAUUCGGGAGGUAGAACUGGACAGUCUCCGGAAAGCGAUCGCGAUCGUUCCGCAGGACUCGGUCCUUUUCCAUGACACCAUCCGGCACAACAUCCACUACGGCGAUCUUUCGAAGCAGCAGGCUGAGGUCGAGGAGGCGGCCCGAAUGGCCGAUCUGCACGGAUCGAUUCUGCGAUGGCCUAAGCAGUACGACACGCAGGUGGGCGAGCGCGGCCUGAAGCUGUCCGGCGGAGAGAAGCAGCGCGUUGCGAUUGCGCGAGCAAUUUUGAAGAAUUCGCCAAUUUUGAUUUUCGACGAGGCCACCAGCAGUUUGGACUCGAUUACGGAGCAUAACAUCCUCGCUGCCUUGGCUCGGGCUACCGAACAUCGGACCAGUAUUUGCAUCGCGCACCGGCUCUCAACGGUGAUGGACGCCGACGAGAUACUGGUGCUGGAAAACGGACGCAUUGGACAGCGUGGAACGCACGAACAGCUGCUCAACAGCGGAGGUCUUUACACCAAACUUUGGGACACCCAGAACCGGUUAUACAACGUGGGAACGGCGGCCAAGGCGAAAAAAGAGGGUUCAGAAUAGAUUUUUGUUUUAGGCGAUUUAAUUACGACGUAAAAUUUGUUGAAAAUGUUAUUUUAGCCGGACGAAUGAAAUUUACCAAAUAAAUUAGACCAAUAAAAGUUAUUUUAUUCAAGUUUCAUGAA